GCUGUGGGGCUAGAUAACCUCUAGAUUCAGUGAACUGAGGUGGGCUUGGCUUUCACACUCCUGCUACCCUAACCACAUUUGCUAGUUUCCCUCCAAAAUACUUCCAAACCAUCAGCCUGUUUUCAGCAUCUCUUUGAGCAGUUGCUUUCUGUGUUUUGAGCCUGGGAGCUCUGUGGCUUGGUGCAGGCUGCAGCUAUGAUGCUCAACCUAGCUCCUUCAGCUCUCUGUGACACUCCUAGUUGUAGAAACAGGCACACAGGUGGCCAGUUUGGGUGGCCAGUGACAGCCCUACCUCACCUCUUGGCUGGAGUACUUGGCAGCCAAGUCAGGCCCAUGACUCUGGACUCAGGGGUGGAGCCUGGCCUGGGCCCUGUGGGGAGGGCUCCACUGAAGUGACCACUUGCAGCCCUGAGUUUCAGCUCUUGGACGCCUGGGUGGAAGUUCACUGUCCUGUUUCCUGUGACCUUGGGUUGAAAUGGACAGGGUCGAGGGGGCCUAGGGCACUGCCUCCCUUCUCCACGCUCUUAGGCUUAAUUGCUCCUCCCCCGCUGCUUCUCCCCCUCCCACUACAGCCCAAAACCGCUUCCUGGGCCGGAACUGGUUUUUCCUGCCCCAGUUGGGGGGAAGCGGGCGAAGCCCUUGGCCUUCGGGGUACAUGGAGCCCCAGAAGGCGGCACCUGGGGAGCAUGGCUGGGGGUCUCGAGUGGCCGCGGGGUCGGAGUCGGUCGCGGAGCUCGUGUACCAUCUAGCGGGGGCUCUGGGCACUGAGCUGCAAGAGCUGGCGCGCCGCUUCGGGCCAGACGCGGCAACCGGGCUGGUGCCGCUGGUAGUGCGGGCCCUGGAGCUCCUGGAAAAGGCCGCGGUGGGGCCCGCCCCAGACUCGCUGCAGGUCUCGGCGCAGCAGGCCGAACAGGAGCUCCGGCGGCUGCGGGAGGAGAACGAGCACCUCCGCAGGGAGCUGCGCUGUGGGCCGCAGGAGGAACGCGCUCUGCUGCGGCAGCUCAAGGAGGUGACCGACAGGCAGCGGGACGAACUUCGGGCGCACAGUCGCGACUUGCUACAGCGCAGCCAGGAAACCGAGGCGUUGCAGGAACAGCUGCAGCGCCUCCUGCUGGUGAACGCUGAGCUGCGGCACAAGCUGGCGGCUGUGCAGACCCAGCUGUGCGUGGUGCGAGACCGUGAGAGAGAGAGGGAGCUGCAGCGCGAAGUGUCCCCGGGGCUGGCGCAAGAGCAACCGCUGGGCCAGGCCCAGGGGCCCGGGUGCGAGCAGAGGCAGAAGCCCGAGCGGGCAACUGCUGGGGCAGGAGCCCCGGGGACUCCUGAGGACCCAGCGGAUGUCCCGCAGCAGCCAAAGCGCCCCCUGGAGGUAGGCCAGUGCAGCUUCAGUAGAGAGGAGCUUGAGCAGAUCCUGCAGGAGCGGAAUGAGCUCAAAGCCAACGUGUUCCUGCUGAAGGAGGAGUUGGCCUACUUCCAGCGGGAGUUGCUCUCAGACCAGCGGGUGCCAGAGCUUCUGCUGGAAGCCAUGAAGGUGGCUGUCCGGAAGCAACGGAAGAAGAUCAAGGCAAAGAUGUUAGGGACCCCAGAGGAAGCAGAGAGCAGUGAUGAUGACGAUGGCUCAUGGCUCCUGCUCCCCAGCAAUAAGGGAGACCAACCUCCACCCCCUGAGUCCAGAAUACAGAGUUCCUUUGGCUUGUGGUAUCGUGGUGAAGAAGAGGCCCCUGGAGCUGGGACCAGCAAGCAACAGGGAGAAGAGGAAGCCCCACAGCAACCUCACUUGGAGCCUGUGGCCAGCCCUACAACCCCCAGCUCCUGACCAACUCUGCUCUGCUCUUGAUGAAGAGCUUUGUUUUGGGGACCUCAGCUACCCCAGGGGCCUGACUCUGGGGUCUGGCUGUGGGUGGAUGUGUGACCUCAAGUGAAAGCAGAGCUCCUUCCUUCCCAGUUCUCCCCAAGGCUCUUUUGCCGUCCUGGUCAGGGUUUGACAAGGGCGAGCUCAGCCUGCUUCCCUUUCCAACACCUCUGCACCAAGCCUCUGGGGCCAGAUCAAAGUGCUUCCUCUGAAUCCAUGAAAGAGAACUGACUACCUACCAUGAAAGAGAACUGACUACCUACCUCCCAAGAGUUCGUGCAGAUGGCCUGAGCUCAUAUGUAAUAAAGCAACUGCCCAGAAAUUGCUCCAUGUCUAUAUGUCAGUGGUCUGUUUCCAACCUCCCGG